AUGAACAAAUUAUCAAAACAAGUCUUACCACCAUCGAAAGCUUACCCAAAUUGGUUGUCUAUGAAUAUAUUAAAACAAGCGAAAAAACUAUCCAAACAACAAAAACAUACUCAUAUUUCAAUUGAUAAUCUUUUAAUUGUUUCACAAGAAGAUUCAAGUACAACAAUAAGUUUCAUUUAUGUUGAUUUACGUAAAAAACUAAUAGAACUUGUUAAACGAAUAAUACAAAAUGAAAAUGUUACUUUUUUCAAAGUUAAACAAAUACAUCGAAACCGAUGGUUUUUAACUGCUGUAAAUCGUGCAUAUAAUGGUAUUCAAUCACGAUUUAUUAAUAUUAAUCAUAUGUUACGGGUAUACACAUUAGGCUUUUAUGCCGACAUUUCUCAAGUUAUUCAAGAUAUUCUAAGAGCUGGUAUUGAUACAUUUAAUCAAGUGAUGUUCACAGAAGUAAUAAGUCCUGAUGGCGUAUUCAAAAUUAUCACAAGAUAUCUAAGAAAUAGACCAUCAAGAAAAUCAAUGAUGCGUAUUCACAAAGGAAUUACAAAGGAAGAGUUGGUCGAUGUUCGUGCUGUAAUAAUGAUAUUAAUUUAUUUUGGUAUAAUACUACUAUUUGCUGGUUUUUCAUUCUAUAUGUAUGCAAACUAUUUACGGGCACGUAAUGCAACACGUGAACGAAAACUAAAUCUUUCAAAAUUACGUAGAGCAGCAUAUGCAUAUGACACAGAGUCUUCCUCGGAAAUCUGUGCUGUUUGUCGAGAAGAAUAUCAGGCGGAUGAGCAAAUAUAUAAGUUUCCAUGUAGUCAUGUUUUGCAUGUGCGUUGUACUGAUACUUGGGUAGUAAAUGAUCGUCAAUCGUGUCCUCUAUGUCGACGUGAUCUGUUUUUCACGCAAUAUCCACCAGAUGAAGGAAGUGAUGAACGUCGAGCUGAUUCAUACGAUACUAAUGUAUGUGAUGAAACUCACACUAUUAAUGUAUCAUCUGGUCUUGAUGAUAAUGAUGAACCAAUGCAUUCAACAUUGCCUGAUGAAACAAAUCAAGCAGAUAUUCCUAAUAGAACAAGCACAGAUUAA